GGCCAAGUUGGCAGUCCUGUGAAGUGGCAACGCCGUUUUUGCAAUUGCACAGUGCUGACGUUUGUCAGUCAGAAAUAAGCCGAAAAAAUAGGAAACAAAAGCUUGACAAUUGAACUGCGACUGCUGUUUAAACAGACAACUUCGAGGAUUCAGGGUCACAUCUGGCUAACCAGUCUAGAACGAGUGUUAGAUCGACGUGGUAGAUAACUCACUGCUGCUCGAUUGUGAUUGCACUUGUGUCUGCUGCUUUUGUUGUCAAAAUACUAAGAAUAAUGAUACCAUCACGGUGCCAAUGCACCGUUUUGGGGCUGCUUCUGCUCGUCUUGAUCGCCUGUGAAGCCUUCUAUCUACCUGGUCUUGCACCGGUCAACUUUUGCAAGAAGUCCGAUGGGACAACUACGUGCAAGUCUGAUGUUGUUUUAUACGUUAACCGCUUAAAUACUGAGGAAUCUGUCAUACCCUAUGAGUAUCAUCACUUUGAUUUCUGUCUGGGAAAAGAGGAGAACUCGCCAGUUGAGAAUCUUGGCCAAGUUGUAUUUGGUGAGCGUAUACGACCGGGCCCUUACAAAAUACAGUUUAUGGAGGAUGUGGAAUGCGCCGUGGCUUGUCGCAAAAAUUAUACCGGCGGUGUCGGGGAUAGUGACCGACGAAUGAUGGUGCUUAAGAAGGGUAUCAGUCUUAACUACCAGCAUCAUUGGAUUGUGGACAAUAUGCCCGUAACUUGGUGUUAUCAGCUGGAGACGGGUAAGCCGUAUUGCAGCACUGGCUUCCCAAUGGGCUGCCUGGUACGCGCCGACGGCGAAGGUUGCCCCAUCAAUACAAUUUACAGUCGUCCACUGCACUAUUAUCCAUUCAAUCAUGUGGAUCUGGAGAUCACUUAUCACAGUGGCGCUCAAGAGGAUUGGGGCAUGGGCUUUGGAGGUAGCAGUGGUCGUAUAAUUUCUGUUAAAGUAACGCCAAAAUCCUUGCUUCACGCCGAUCCCGAAAAGCCCAAUUGUUUGGGCCCUGAGCCGCUGGCCAUACGCGAGAGUUCCCUCAAGGCAGGCGAAGUUCAGAAUAUAGUUUACACGUACGGUGUGAAAUUCGUACAGAAUAAUAAUGUAAAAUGGUCGUCGCGUUGGGAUUAUAUACUGGAAUCAAUGCCGCAUACUAAUAUUCAAUGGUUCUCAAUUCUCAAUUCGCUGGUCAUCGUACUUUUCUUGAGUGGCAUGGUGGCGAUGAUUAUGCUGCGCACACUGCACAAGGAUAUCGCCAGAUAUAAUCAGAUGGACAGUGGGGAGGAUGCACAAGAGGAAUUCGGUUGGAAACUGGUACAUGGUGAUGUUUUUCGGCCGCCACGCAAAGGAAUGCUUUUGUCCGUCUUUCUUGGCUCUGGUGUUCAGGUCUUGGUCAUGUCAAUGGUCACCUUGGCAUUUGCCUGUCUUGGAUUCUUGUCGCCUGCAAAUCGUGGCGCCUUGAUGACCUGCUCCAUGGUGUUGUUCGUAUCACUGGGAACGCCCGCUGGUUAUGUUUCGGCAAGAAUCUACAAGAGCUUUGGCGGUGUAAAAUGGAAGAGCAACGUCAUCCUUACCUCAAUAGUAUGCCCCGGAAUCGUAUUUUCGCUGUUCUUUGUGAUGAAUUUGGUGCUAUGGGGUGAGAGUAGCUCUGGCGCUGUGCCAUUCAGCACACUGAUUGCCUUGCUGGCUCUGUGGUUUGGAGUUUCCGUGCCCUUAACCUUUGUUGGCGCCUACUUUGGUUUUCGCAAACGCGCUUUGGAGCAUCCGGUGCGUACCAAUCAAAUACCGCGACAGAUACCCGAUCAGUCAGUCUAUACGCAGCCGAUUCCCGGAAUUGUUAUGGGCGGUGUUCUGCCGUUUGGCUGCAUCUUCAUACAGCUGUUCUUCAUUCUCAGUUCGCUGUGGUCAAAUCAGAUGUACUACAUGUUCGGAUUUCUCUUUCUCGUGUUCCUUAUACUUAUCAUCACAUGCUCAGAGACAACGAUCUUGCUUUGUUAUUUCCAUCUAUGCGCGGAAGACUAUCAUUGGUGGUGGCGAUCAUUUCUUACAUCGGGCUUCACAGCCGUUUAUCUAUUCAUCUAUUGUUGCCACUACUUUGUCACAAAACUAUCCAUUAAGGACAGCGCAUCGACGUUCCUCUACUUUGGAUAUACCGCCAUUAUGGUAUUCUUGUUCUUUUUGCUAACCGGCACAAUUGGAUUCUUUGCUUGCUUCUGGUUCAUACGGAAAAUCUAUAGCGUUGUCAAGGUGGAUUAGGCUCAGCAUACAUCACGUAUUUAUACAAUGUGUGUGUGUGUGCGUGUGUGUGUGCUUGUGGGAGUCUGUCCGUGUGUAUGCCCGUGUGUUUUUGUAUGUGUAGCCACAAUUUACACUUAAGCCUAAUGUGUGUGAUUUCUGCGCUGUGCGUGAACAGCCGGUUUUCUGUUUAUUAUAAUGAACUUAUUAAUAUGCAUAUACUACAUAAAAAUAUGUAUAUAGUUAUAUAUACAUAUGUGACUAUGUGGUAGUACCGAUGCGCGCAAUAAUGUUAAGGAAAAAUCAGAAAGUACGAGAAAGGGUGAAAAUCAAUUGUGUGUAGUUUACAUGUUUUAAAAACAAACUAUCAAAUCUUUGGCAAGAAAUUUCAUCUUUUCAAAUUUAACGUCCACUUCUGGAGAUAUAUACAUACAAAUACAUUUCCAAAAAAUAAAAAUAAAAAAAAACCAAAAGAAAUAAUCAUAAAUAAAUUACUGUUCCCAACAAUAAUUAUUUUGUUUAAACAUGAAAUCCACUUCCUGCAAAUUAAAAUGUACUGAUUUGUAAUUUGAAGUACUUUACCUUUUGUGUAUUCGUUAAAUCAGAGCCAUCCAAACGAUUGUAAUUGAGGCUUGGAUUCUCAACAUAUAAUUCAUACGUGUAAUAUUUUAAAAUAUGUACUUUAGUUUAAACGAAUUAAAACUAACUUGGAACUAAAAAAUAAAUGAAAAAUCCAACCAAAAAUGAAAAAAAAA